ACCCCUCCAUCCUCUCCCCUUCGAAUCACCACUUCACAACUCACGAAGGAACCCUAAUCAUCAUAUAUCCAUCUGAGAAAAAAAAAUAUAUCUACUGAAAGAACGAAAAAUGUCUUCCUUCCUCAAGCUUGCUUCUCUGUUGAUCGCCUUCAUGGUGGUCGCUUCCCCCGCGGCGGAGGCGGCCUUGACCUGCUCCCAGGUGACUGGCAGCCUCGCCCCUUGCAUCCCCUACCUCAGGAACGGUGGUGGCGCGGUCCCUGCUGCAUGCUGCAGUGGCAUCAAGAGUCUUGUUGCCUCCGCCAAGACCACCGCCGACCGGCAGGCCGCCUGCCAGUGCAUGAAGGCUGCAGCCAGCGGGAUGCCCGGCAUCAACCCCGCCCUUGCCACCGGCCUCCCAGGGAAAUGCGGGGCUAACAUUCCCUACAAGAUCAGCCCUACCACCGACUGCAAAAAUGUCAAGUGAAGCGGUUUGUGAGGGAGACCAGACCUUCGACGACAUGAUCGAUAGUAGUAGUAUGAGAACAUGCAUGCAUGGACAAUAAAAUGGGCAUAGGAGACCACGUCUUUGUACGUGUUCAAUCCUUUUGAUCCCUUUAAUACGUCUUCAGGAAUGGGAUUAGUACACUUCUUGAUGGAAGUAAUAUUGGGGUUGGCCCUUUUUCGUUGCUUUUACUAGUUGGGAUGGCCUUGUAACGAGCACGUACUUGACUAUCCUCCUAGUAUAUAUUAAUCUAUGAAAGUUUCCUAUAUUAUUGAUCA